AUGAGUGUGACAUCAUGGUUCCUGGUGAGCAGCUCAGGCACUCGACACCGCCUCCCAAAAGAGAUGAUCUUUGUGGGCCGAGAGGACUGUGAGCUCAUGCUGCAGUCCCGCAGCGUGGACAAACAACAUGCUGUCAUCAACUACAACCCAACUACUGAUGAACACCUGGUCAAAGACCUGGGCAGCCUGAACGGGACGUUUGUGAACGACCUGAGGAUUCCUGAUCAGACCUACAUCACCCUCAAACUGUCGGACAUCAUCCGCUUUGGAUACGAUUCUCAUGUCUACGUUCUGGAGAAGAGUCAACACAAAGUCCCAGAGGAAGCGCUGAAGCAUGAGAAGUACAGCAGUCAGCUGCAGAUGAGCCUGAAGGUUUCAGAGAAGAAGACAGAGCUGGAAGAUCGAAGCAGAGCGGAGAAGAGUCAGAGCAAGAGCCUGACACAAGAGGCUCCGGUGUGUCGGCCCACUCCUCUGUAUGGUCAGCCGUCCUGGUGGGGAGAGGAGGAUUAUGGGAGUAAAGUUCAGACCAGCGAUGAGCCACAUCCAGACGGUCACAAAGACGCUCCGUCUGUGGACCCGGACUUUCCCGGAUCCGUGUCAGACCCCCAACCAAAGACCAUCUUCCCCUCAUACCACCGUGAACCCAGCUACUUUGAGAUCCCCACCAAGGACUUCCAGCACCCCAAAACCUCGGGGACGGAGCUCCACGAGAUCCCCACCAAGGACACUGACACCGCCCCGACUCCGCCCACCUCGACCCCGCCCGUUGUUCAGAGCCACGCCUCCUUCACCAUCGAGUUUGACGACUGCAUGCCCGGUAAGAUCAAGAUCAAAGAUCACGUCACCAAGUUCUCCACCCGCCAGAGGAAACAGCAGCAGGCUCCACCAUCUAAGACGACCAUCACGGCCACACCUGCAGAGGUGAUGUCGGCAGAGAGCAAGGUGGCUGAUUGGCUGGUGCACAGUGAUGUCAGCAUGAUGAGGAGACGUCCGACGUGUGAAGACGUUUACAGCACCAAGAGCGACCUUGCCAUGAACAUCAAGACCCUCAAAGGUCACCAUCAUGAGGAUGGAACCCAGAGUGACUCCGAGGACCCGGUUCUUAAAGGGAGGAGUAAAUCCCACCACUCAGUCCACUCUCACCACUCCAUCCAAUCAGAGCAGUCAGAGGCGUCCCAGCAGACCGUCCAGUCAGGUCAAUCUGUCCACUGUCAGCCACCUGCCCCGACACAGAAACUCCACCAGCCGCUGCAGUACUCUCCGCCCAGACCAGCCCCACCCUCACCUGCUCCAUCUCCCACUAUAGAGACGCCCAAGCAGGGGCCCCCGGAGCACCUCACCCAGCAGGCCUUCAUCAUCGAGUUCUUCGACGACAACCCGCGUAAAAAGCGUUCACAGUCCUUCACCCACAACCCCGCCCAUGCUGACUCGUACUCAGCCCUGAAGGCCAAGCUGGAGCGGCGGAAAGGCGGCGAGAGGCCGGCGUCCGUGCACGGCCACAUCCCUCCCACCCAGCAGGUGACGGUCCCUCUGAAAGGACAGAGCCACGGUGGACCCCAGAGAUCAAGCUCUCUGAAGAGGGAGAAGACAGAGGGGGAGGCGGCCUCGUUAAGUUCCUCCUCUCGCUCGUCCUCGGGCAUCAUCAUCAGGCCCUUCGGCAGCGUCGGGAAGAAGUCCAAACUCGCCCAGGAGUUUGCAGCUGAAUUCCUGAAGGAUUCGAGUCAACAGGAUUCCUCCCCAACCAGGGACAAGAUGUCACCUCCACCAAUGUCUGCGCCACCGGUGAUGGUGUCGCCUGCUCAUGCAAGGAUUCCUUCCCCACAAGAACCCCCAGCACUGUCUUCAGUCUCCUACCCAUCCUCACCCUUACAGCCUCCAGCAAUCUCAAAGUCCUCCAUCCCCACCAAUGCCGGACAGACCUCCUCUCCGGCCCACUCCUCUGGACCUCACUCGUCCUCCAUGCUGCCUCUGGGCGUCCGAGCAGGAGACAUGAAAGGUUCCCAGAGGACGGUGAGGAAUGAGGAGGACGACAGUCUGAGUGACGCCGGGACCUACACCAUUGAGACGGAGUCGCAGGACAAAGAGGUGGAGGAGGCUCGCAACAUGAUCGAUCAGGUGUUUGGUGUCCUCGACUCUCCAGAGUACAGUGGUGUGAACACAGGAGUCUAUAGACCUGUAAUAAAUGAUGGCAAGGAUGAGCAAGCUAACCUGCCUAGUGAUGGUAGCACUGUGGACCCGUUGCAUGGCUUUAUCCCAGCUGCUAUCAGCGGCCCCCCAACAGGCCCCAUACAGGUUCCAGCUGCUCAUGCAGCAGGUCUGGAAGGACCCAAGUGGGUUUCCCGUUGGGCCAGUCUGGCAGACAGCUAUGCUGAAUCUGGUUCCACUCCACCUCAAGGGGAAUGUCUAGAAGAUUUGCGCUUCAUGAGCCGCUCGAUGGGAAGUUACAGUUACGACAACUCUGAGUCCGAGUCCAGCCACAGCUCCAGGACGAGACGGCUGCUGCCCCAGGUGCCUCCAGACAAGCUGGAUAGUGUCGCCCCGAGUAUCCUGAUUCGCCAUGAAUCUUACCAAAGCCAGGAACCUCUGGACAGAGUCUCUGGUCCUCCACGCCCACAGGAUUCCACCCAGCGCCUUUCUGUUCAGGAUGACGUGGACCCAGACAGCCUGAGUGAUGCCAGCCGCUCAGAUGAUGGACCUGUUUUAGAGAAAACAAAGACGAAUCAGGCCAGGACCGGAGCCAUGUCACCAGGUGUCCCUGGUUCUCAGUUUAAAGGUCAGGAGAAGGUGUCUCCAUCCACCAAAUCCACCUCCUUCUACAUCGGUUCUGAAGACCAUCCAGGCAAAUCUGACCAGGCUCAAAGCCUGUUACAGCCUGAGAGGACACAAGAACCCCCGGCAAAAACUCCGCCUACCACAGUCUUGAUCCGACACCUGAGUGGACAUGAACCCAGGAGGACAGGUGUGAAACCCAACAGCUCCGCUCCAAACCUCCAAGCACAGGACAAGGACUCUGUCCCAACUAAAGAUGGCUGCAUGUCAUCGUUUGUCCGGCAGGAGAGCUUCACCAAAGACCAGCCCAGUGACACUGUCCAGAUGAAGAAACUUCCCCACAUCUCCAGCCACCCGUCCAUCAGAGACCUGGAGCAGAGGAGGGAGAACAUCCAAGACACGCAGUCCUUCCUUCAGGAGGCCGAGGGAACUCUGUCCUCUCUGGAUACCAAGUUCCCCUCGUCUGGUUCAGGUCGCAGCUCUAAGAAAGGGGGCUCCUCCAGCCACGUGGACGACUCCCUAUCUGGAGAGUCAGAUGUGGACACAGCAAGCACUGUGAGCCAAGUGAGUAGCAAAAAUGCUCCAGUGAGCUCUGCCUCUAAAAAGCGUCCCACAAUCAGCAGCCUUCAGAAGGAGAAGUCCUCCUCCAGCCCGUCCAUCCAAGAGAAAGGACGGCAGCUCACCGCCCGCGAACGGCUGUCUGAGAAACGCCGAAGCCAGGCGACUGCUGAUACAUCAAGUAAGGCAGAGGCAGCGAAGCGCUUCCAGAUGCGCCGCAGCGCAGGGAACCGUGGUUCUCUGGAUCUGUCUGAGGGCCAGCAGGGUUCUGGUCCACACUGGACUGAAACUACAUCAUCUGACCAUGAAACUUCCCGUCCAUCCAGCCGCGGCAAGAAACUGAUCACCCCCCUUCAGAAAGAAGACAACGGAAAGAUGCCCAAGACAGCGACUCAGCAGGUCCUGACACGUUCCAACAGUCUGUCAGCACCACGGCCAACCCGAGCAUCCAUGCUUCGUCGAGCACGACUGGGCGAGGCCUCAGACAAUGAAGGUGCUGAGACUGACCGGGCAUCCCAGAAUUCUGACAAUAUCACUACACCGGCCAAAGUGUCCGCCGAGGGGAAGAAGCUGUCCAGGCUGGAUAUUUUAGCGAUGCCAAGGAAGAGGACCGGCUCCUUCACAGCUCCCAGUGACAACGAGACAUCCUCCACAGGUCGGUCCGGGUUUUCCAAUCGGAACUCCGAGUCCGUUGCCACCACCAGGAAGACAUCGGUGGGCGACGCCCGGCAGGCAGCUAGCAAAGGGGGCGGAGCUUCGGGGAAGCAACCACUGACCCGUACCCGGUCCAGUGGAGCCAAGUACCCCAGCACUGGUUCCCGUCGCAGACAGAAGGGCUCAGACUUCUCCUCUUCCUCGGAGGAAGAAUAUGAAACCACUGCCGGUACUCCUAAAGCCAAACGCUCCUCCCAUCCCUCCACCUCCACACAGACUCCCCGCGGCCACCGGACGGCUGCUGCUAGAUCCAAAUCUGUGUCCCUGGAGACGGAGGAGGAUGAAGACCAGAACGAGGUUGACCCCUACCAGAACUGGUCCACGCACAGCGCAGAGAUCGCCAAGCUCAGUCAGGACCUGGCCAAAGACCUGGCCAUCCUGGCCAAGGAAAUCCACGACGUCGCCGGGGAUGGAGACUCGCUGAGCUCCAGCAUGGGCACCACCACCUCACCCAGCUCUCUGCCCAACACGCCGGCCUCCACCAUCUCCGCCAGGGAGGAGAUCACCAGAGCCAGACUCCCUCUGCUCUCUUUCCAGCUGGUCCAACAUAUCCCCGAGGCCAGUUUAAACUACCAGAAGGUUCCUCCAGGUUCUGCUGCCGUCUCGGACCUGGACGCAAACAUGAAUGAGCCGGAGCCCGGUUCUAAGCAGCGCCGUCCGUGGAACCGCGAAGAGGUGAUUCUGGAUAACCUGAUGCUGAAUCCGGUGUCUCAGCUGUCUCAGGCCAUCCGGGAGAACACGGAGCAGCUGGCUGAGAAAAUGAAGGUUCUGUUCCAGAACAAGGCCGAGGUCUGGGAGGAGAUUGAGGCAAAGAUCAACGCUGAGAACGAAGUCCCCAUCCUGAAAACCUCGAACAAGGAAAUUACCUCCAUUUUGAAAGAGCUGAGGAGAGUCCAGAGGCAACUGGAAGUAAUAAACACUAUCGUGGAGCCUGGUGGGAGUCUUCAGACUGCAGCCGUUGGGACGUCGUCUCUGGGUCAGACGCGACCGUCCUCGAGGGAGAAGAAACCCACCUCCAAACCCCGUGGCGCCCCCCCAGCCUCCAACGCCAAUGAAAGCACCAAACGACCACCUCGUGGACCCGACGGGGGCCACUACAUGGCCUGA